AUACUACCGUGAGUGGUCGAUCCAGCUCUAAAAGUUGCUAUUUUGCCAGAUAAAAAUUUACAAAAUCAUUGCGAGAGCCUUCGAAGUCGUCGCCCAUGAGAAAGUUGUGAGGGGGAAUCCCAGUGCUGUCGUAACCGAAUCCCCGUUAGGCGGACAUGAAAGCUGCUGCCUGGACAUCGCCCCACCAGCAGUGAUUCACGGCGUUGACAUUGAAAAACAAAUGCAAUGCCAGCGCUCUGGGCGUGAGCAGACGGAAGGGGAGCAGGAAGGAGCAAGGAUACAGCCACUGGGUCGAUCGAAGCAGCCCCAGCCCCAGCCCCACUGACCAACCAUCUGGAGCACCGGCCGCCAAGAUGCCCUGCGAGAGCUGCGGUGUCGAGUUCACCGUCUUUCGUCGCAAGCGCGCUUGCUUCGACUGCAAACGCUACUAUUGUGCCAACUGCAUCGUGGCCAGGCGCUGCCAGCGAUGCUCUGUCUUUGCCCAGCGCCCGCUGCUCAGAACGGAUCUGCUGAAGCUCAAGCCUAAGGAUCUGAUAUUCUAUCUGCAGUCCAAACACAUCUCGACUGAGGGCUGUCUAGAGAAAGAGGAGCUGGUCGGUCUGGUGCUGGCUCAUGUGGCCCAGAUGGACACCGGACACCGCGGCUCGAACGCCUCCACCAAUAGUCCGGGUCGUGGCCAGGCCAACCCCAUCGACAACCUCAAGCAGUCGUGCCAAAACUUCUUCACCAACCUGACCGACAACCUAAGCGAUUCGUUCGCCGCGUUCGAUUCCAAGGCUAGCACCAAGCCGACGGAGAGCAGGCAGCCCGCGGAGGCUCCUUCACAUAUAUUUGAGCAGCCGCGAGUGUCCACGCGCGAGAUUCCCACAUACGCCAGUUCUGUGAACGGGGAUCAGCGCAGUGGCUCGGUCCACGUCCAGCCAUCUGCCAGCGUUAAUGGGGGCAGUCAGAGCAGCAGCAGUCCCUCAACUUCCACGCCGGCAUCGAGUAAUCACGAUGCCAACGGCUCGCCAAGCAGCCCCAUAAAUAGCCAGGUCCGCGGCUCCCAAGGGUCCUCUCAGGGCCGACCGGCCAAUGACGAAAUCCGUGAUAGCAAGACCGACGACUGCGAGUGCUCGGACGACGAGAUUAUGGCCACGUUCAGCGAGCGCGUAUCGCUAUCGCUCCGAACCGACACCAGUGGUCGGGUGAAUGUACCACCAGUGCCAAAUUCUGACGCUGCCCUGGAGGCGGUCUUGGAUGGCCCUGGGGGCUCAGCCACUGCCAACAACAACAGUCCGGCCUGCUCCAAGCCUGGCUCGAGCAGUUCUAAGGCGGAUGCCUCGUCACAGUCGAGUUUCGAAGAGCUGGGCGCCAUCGGCGGCAUCUCCGACGAGAGUAAAGCCACCACAGACACCAACAGCAGCCACUUGGACCAGUGGCAGGUGCUAGAGGUGAACAGGAUCGAGGCUGUGGAGGAAACGCCGACCACAAGUGCCGCCGAGGAAAUUUUGGAGGUUACUCUCCGAAGCAGCAGACCGGCACCUGGGGAAGACGGCAAUCGCACCGCGUGCGAGAGUACCCAGACCCUAAACAUAGAGCAGCGUCCGCCCAACCCGACUCCAUCAUCCCAUCCUGCUGUACCGCAGCGCACGAAGAAGGUCACCCGGCGCCGUUCCGAUGGCUACUUAAAUCGCCGUCAACACUCCAGUGAUGAGGAGUCGCCAGUGGCACCAGGUGGAUCUGGCCUUAGUCUGGGCCUGUCCACACUGAGCGAGCAGCCCGAACCUGGCCCUCAUGCGCACUCCCAUCGUCACAGCUGCCAGCGCUGUGGAAAAAACAAGACAAAUAUUCGUCGGCAUGUGGAGAGAAUGCGACGGCACCUGGAGAACUCGCAGAUGUCCGAGGAGGACAUAAAGCGAGAGCUUCAGGAGUUCCUUACGUACCUGGAGCAACGCACCAAGUCGGUGGAGGCUUCUGAAUCGGGCAGCCAUGCAGUUUCGCCUCUGAGCGUGGACGCGAUCAGCGUGGCUGCCGGCGGAAGGUCACCGGAAAUGCCCAUAACCCCGACCAUUGAGUUCUCCCCAACGCAGGAGGAUGACAUUCGCUGGGACGACGAAGGCAUCCAUGUGUAUGCGGCGCCCUCAGACUAUGAGCCCGCCGCCUGCAUUGAUUCGCGCUUUGUAAACUUGGAAGACUUUGAGGAUUUAAAAGACUUGGAGGCAUUGACGGUGAAACAAUUGAAGGAGGUGCUUAUGCUGCACCGCGUCGACUACAAGGGCUGCUGCGAGAAGCAGGAACUGCUUGAUCGCGUCAGCAGGCUGUGGAAAACAAUGCGGGAGGCUCCAGCUGUGGAGAAACUGGCCACGGAUGAGCUGUGCAAAAUCUGCAUGGACGCGCCUAUCGAGUGCGUGUUUCUUGAGUGCGGCCACAUGGCCACCUGCACGAGCUGUGGCAAGGUGCUCAACGAGUGUCCGAUCUGUCGACAAUACAUCGUACGCGUCGUACGAUUCUUUAGGGCGUAAAAUACUGCGGACAAUGGUGUACAGCUGAUGCCCGAAUAUGCGGGACUACAACGUAUUAGUUUCCUUAAUCGACGCGCGUGCAACUAUUAUAAUAAUAUGUAAUCAUAAUUUGUAUGUUUUGGUUCUACUAAGUAUGUAGUAUGUUACCAGUAUAUACGCAGAUACCGCUUUCAAAGUGUAUUUAUCUAUUUCCAAAAUGUGAAAUACUUUGCUAUUUAUUUUGUUUGUUCUUGUUGUUUGUAUAAAUGAAACGAGAGGUUACAUCUAGAUAAACUAACAUUCCUAUAAGCCGCUAAAAGAAGAUUUAAAUCUGUUAUCAACAGUUGUGAACAAGAAAAACUCCUCUAGAUGCGAGCAUUUAACAAUAAAUAUUUUCAAAUA